ACAGCCGCCCUCCCUCCACCCUUCUUCCCUCCUCUCUCUCUCUGGCUUCCAACAACAGAGCCUGGCGCGAGCCUGGUGGAGACAUGGCAGCAUGAGUCAGCCCUAUGAACUGCCCAUCAAAGAUGCUCAGGCCUGCUGCUCUGACCCAACAUUGACCUCUGCCCCCAAUGACCCUGUCUCCCCCUGCUCAAAGCACCAUAACCACAAUUCAAGACUAGACCCUCCACGUGCCAUGCAGCUGUCCACCGCCCCUGCCCCGAAAUCUACAUCCACCUAUGGGUUCAUCAAGGACCUAUCUUCCUCCUACAGCCCUCUGAGAAGGCUACAGCACCUGACCACCAUGGUCAGCCACCCAGACCUGGUCCUACCUGGAGUCGGGGAGAGGGCCUCCCAGGGCUCCAGGGAAGACUCGCAUACCCGGAAUGCUGUUGGGAAAACUGACAUCGGAAAUUCCUUGGCCCUCACAGCUACCCAGCCAGGCAGCAGAGACACAGACAAUAGUAAGACUAAUCUUAGUGUGGAGAAGAAGAGUGACUGUUGCUUCUCUGACCCACCCAGUCCAGCUUUCUCACUGGAUAGCAACAGCCCCUUUGCAAAUGGCUAUCUGCACUUUGAGUCCACUUUGUUUGAUGAUGAGAAUGAUGAUGAUAAUGCAGAGGAUGAUGAGGAUAUAGCGUUGCCUCUGACAGACAGAGAGAGAAAAGUUGGAAAGUCACCUGAACCUCUUCCUGGACUUUUAAACUUGAAGGUUAAAAAUAUACCAGAGCCAGGGCUCUCUGUGGGUAAAGGCUUGCAGUCCCCUGGUGUCCCCCCAUUUACAGCACAUGAUGGGUCAGACGAGGACUGGGGGAGUGACUGUGAGCCUCUCUCUCUUGGGAAUAGCCCCUCUGGGCCUGCAAUGGCAAGUCCUACUACUGAGCUUUUACAUAACAUGGCUAUUCACAGCAACAUCAUACAGUACCAAACAGCCCUCGUAUUUAAAUCCUGUAACAUGUCACAGUUCUGGCCUGGGUACUUCCUUGUCAGUCCAGACCACCUGUUUUACUGUGCAACAUAAAUUGUCAAGCUUAUGGGUUUUGAUUAUAUGUGAAAUGUUAAUGAAGAUAGUGAGAGGCCUAAAUUCUGGUUAAUUAGCCAGAAAGGUCAAGCAAGAUCACUUCCUCUAUAAUCGAUAAGCUCCUCCUACUGUAGCUGGAGAGGAUCCAUGUCAUUCAGUUGCUGUUUGGCUCAGUAUACGCCAGCAUCUCAUGGUAAAUUAUAGUCAAUAGUUUUUCCUUUUGCAAUCAAUAAAAGAUGUGCACAGAGAAACGUCAUUAGUCAGUCCAUAUCCAGAGCUUUGUUUAGUCUCUGGGAUGUUUGCAUGAUCAGUUGAUACAAGGUUAGGGGGAUUCCUCGCAAAACUAGAACUAAAAAUGAGCAUGAUUUUGGGGGUUUCACAAAAUUUUAUCCAUAGAAGGGUUCUUUAGAGGAAGGAUUCUUGACAUAUAUUUGACAUUUGUAUCUAAAAGCAUAGGCCCAGGCCUCCUUUUCAGACUCCUUAAUGUUUCAUCUGUAGGUGCUACAAAGCAARAAAUUGUGUCAUAUGAAGCUUUACGGCUUGCUCUGUAAUAUGAGUAGUAUUUUGAUUUAAAGAAAACAUUUAUUACAUUAAUUUAUGAAUUUUGAAACAUAUAAACAUGAAUAUUGAAAAUAACCCAUAUUUGAUUUGGCACAUUUUUUGAUAUAUUGUUGAACAUAAUAUAUUCUAUGGGCAUUUCAAAGUUCUAGAGUGGAAUCUCUGCUAGUUUUAAAGUUAUGGCCCAUUUUAUAGAGAGAAAUUGGCAUAGUAGGCAAUGUAACCACAGCCCUCCUUGUAUCAUUGCACAUCCUGCAAUUCAUGAGCAGAAGGUGAAUAUUUUAAAUCCAUUUUCACAUUCACUGUGUUGGUAAUGCUUACAAAUUGGAUCAUAACUAAAAGUAGAAGAAAUCCCACUCUGGAACUUUCAA